AAAAGAUGUAAAAGCUGUAUAAAAAGAUUGAACUAUAGCCUUGGAAAACCACACCAUACACCAUUUAUUGCAGCUAGAAUCAUGAGAGCUUCAAACAUCCAUGUCGCCCUCCUACUUUUAUUGGCAUUGGUUGCGAGUGAACCUAGCCAUGCCUUCGACCUUGUCCCAAAGUUUCAUGUCAAUGUUUUCAAUGACCUGAGCAACAAUACCCUCUAUCUGCAUUGUCAAUCUAAAGACGAUGAUUUGGGUAACCAAGAACUGAUGCAGAACAAACACUUCCACUUCCAAUUUCGCAUUAACUGGAAGCGAACAACACUUUUCUGGUGCCAUUUCGCUUGGGGUAAUUUUCGUGGUGGCACUUACAACGUGUUCUGGGCUAAGAAAAACCUUGUAGCAAAAUGUGAUUACGACUAUAAACAUUGCAACUGGUCUGAAAGAGAUGAUGGUCUAUACUUGCAGAAUUAUGCCAGGCAUGCUGAGUGGGUAAAAUAUUAUGAUUGGAAACACUAAUAGAGAAGAUGGUUGAUUUGCCGCCUCUAGACAUUGUAGAUAAUAGUUACAUAUCCUUUAAUGAAAGGAAGGCCUUGAAUAUGCAUUAGGUCAACCUCCCAUUGCCCGUGAUGAUAUUAUAUGUAAU